CGGGAGCGCGCGUAUGAACGCGCUGCUGGGGGAGGUGGAGUGCAGGGUUGGCUGACACAAGCGCAGGGAAGCCGCAGACACAAAGUACUCCAGCUAACUCGCUUUAGACCAGUGAGAGGCGAUUAAAAAAAGAAAGCGCAAACAUGUCAGCGAAUUGUAGUUCGGGACUUUUGCUGUUGUUUUUUUUCUUGUUUUACCUUUGCUAUCUUUUGUUGGGCGCUCUGAUUUUUUCUGCUAUAGAGAAACCUGAAGAAAUACGCCUUAAAGCCGAGUUAAGGGCGCUCAAAGCACAGUUUCUAAACCAAAGCUGCAUCAGCUCCGCUUCGCUAGAAAGUUUCCUGGAGCAGGUUUUAGAGGCCAACAAGUACGGCGUGUCCAUCCUGAAGAAUGCCACCGUCAACACCAACUGGGACUUCGCGUCGUCACUGUUCUUCGCGGGCACACUGGUCACGACUGUGGGUUAUGGCCACACAACUCCACUAUCAGACAGUGGAAAGGCGUUUUCGAUCUUCUUUGCUCUUCUGGGAGUACCCUUCACCAUGCUUAUUCUGACCGCCUCUGUGCAACGCCUCAUGUAUUUCUUCACAUACAUUCCAAUUGGCCGGUGUCAGCAGCGUUCUGGAUGGCAGCACAAGGCAGCUUCCAAGGUCCAUUUUAUUGUUGUGGCUUUAAUUUCAGUGAUAUGCUUUUUUGUUAUACCAGCUGCGAUCUUCAGCUCCAUUGAGCAGACCUGGAGUUACCUUGAUUCAUUCUACUUUUGCUUCAUCUCGCUCUGCACUAUUGGACUGGGCGACUUUGUGCCAGGAGAACAAUAUGGCCAAAAGCUGCGUCCUCUUUAUAAGAUAUCUGUUGUAGUUUAUCUUUUCAUAGGCCUAAUGGUGAUGCUGUUUGUUCUGCGUACUUUCCAUAAAGCGGCUGAUCUGCAUGGACUGACAGGUUUGUUCCACUUGCCCCAGUGUGAAGAGGAAGAUCAAGAACCCAUUAUUAAGGAGUCGGCAGGCACCGAAGAUAAAACUGCACGUGACCGUGACAGGCUUGCACAAAGUCAACCAUCCUAUGACUCCAUUGGGCGAUAAGAGGCCGCCAUAGGCACUUGAACAUCCAAACAUAUUGGAGCAUAGAAGGCAACAAGCAAAGGAUAUUCUGUGAAAGCUGAGAAUUACAGGAUCUUACAUCUAGCUUGGUAAAAGCUGGUAUUUGUGGUUGAUGUUUACACUUUUAAAUAAUUACAAAUGCAGUUAGGUAUUUUAUUUUACUUUUUCGUGUUGAACAGUGUCCGUAUCGUCAUACAUUUUAAGAUGAUUUGUAUUAUAUCUUGGAUGUCUGGGGCCAAAUUUUCUUUUAAAUUAAACCUGUUUAAUUUAACUUCAGAAAAGUGAUGAAAGCUUUAAAUGGUUUGUUUUAAAUAAAGAAAUGGAGUUGACUAAGCUUGAACAACUCUUUUUACAGUUAAGACUGUAGCAUGGUAAUACUUGCUGCAAUAAUAGCUUUUUUUGUAUUGGAUUUAUUUGAUUUCAAGAAUAGUUGAAGUGUUAUUUUAAAAUAAAGAAUUCUAGCGUUUUUCUUAGAACCUGUCAAAGAAUUUAAUAUUUUUAAAUGUAAGAUGUUUAAGGACUGUGCUAUCAUACAUUUCUCCCAAGUAUCUAAUGGAUUGGCAGAAGUAUAUUUUAAUAUGUGCGAUCUGGUUUUUAUUUUGUGAGUGAGCGUAACUCCAUUAUGUUUUAAAUAAAUCAAAUUUUAAUUUUA